GCCGUCCAAGAUGGCGGUAUAUACGUUCCUGCAGUUGAGUUGUCUUCUGCUAUCGUAUCAACUAUGUGCAGGAAACACGCUGCAGGAACUUUUCUAUAAUCAGAUUCAGAAUGUGUUGAACGAAGCCCCUCCGUCAGCUUACGAUGAGCCAGUGCUGCCACCACACCCCCAGGAGGUGGAAGGGUGGGGAGAGAGUCUGUUGGGCAAGAUCGGACAAGUUAGCGGAGUGACAGUCAACCAUGUGGGCCAGCCUGUCAUCUUCCAUAGAGGUCCGCGAGUGUGGGAUGCUACUUCAUUCAAUGUAACCAAAGACUUCCAGCAUCGUGAGCAAGGCCCAAUCCGAGAAGAUACUGUUCUGGUUUUGGAUCCUCACUCUGGCAAGGUUCUCAGCAGUUGGGGACGAGAUUUCUUCUACAUGCCUCAUGGAAUUCACGUAGACUGGGAGGGAAACACUUGGCUUACCGACACUGCUCUUCACCAAGUCUUUAAGUUCUCGCCUGGGGCGCGGCGACCUGGUCUUACCUUUGGUCAGAGGUUCAAGCACGGUGACGGACUUCGUGAACUUUGUCAGCCGACUUCUGUAGCUGUUGCGUCCACUGGGGAGAUCUUCGUAGCAGAUGGAUAUUGUAACUCUCGCAUUCUCAAGUUCGAUGGAAUGGGAAAUCUCAUCCGAGUCUUCCCUCAGAAGCAAGAGUUUCUGUCUCUAGAAGUUCCCCACAGCUUGGCCCUGCUGGAACACCGCGACCUUCUCUGUAUUGGAGACAGAGAGAACAUGAGGGUAGCUUGUAUUGGAGCCAAGUUGAGAGAUAGAUCUCCUGGACCUGGUCUUACCUUCACUAUACAACAACCUGACUUGGGCAGAGUCUUUGGUAUUGCAUCUCAUGGUAUAGGUAGGGACAGAGAGAACAUGAGGGUAGCUUGUAUAGGAGCCAAGUUGAGAGACAGAUCUCCUGGACCUGGUCUUACCUUCACUAUACAACAACCUGACUUGGGCAGAGUCUUUGGUAUUGCAUCUCAUGGUAUAGGUAGGGACAGAGAGAACACGAGGGUAGCUUGUAUUGGAGCCAAGUUGAGAGAUAGAUCUCCUGGACCUGGUCUUACCUUCACUAUACAACAACCUGACUUGGGCAGAGUCUUUGGUAUUGCUUCUCAUGGUAUAGGUAGGGACAGAGAGAACAUGAGGGUAGCUUGUAUUGGAGCCAAGUUGAGAGACAGAUCUCCUGGACCUGGUCUUACCUUCACUAUACAACAACCUGACUUGGGCAGAGUCUUUGGUAUUGCAUCUCAUGGUAUAGGUAGGGACAGAGAGAACAUGAGGGUAGCUUGUAUAGGAGCCAAGUUGAGGGACAGAUCUCCUGGACCUGGUCUUACCUUCACUAUACAACAACCUGACUUGGGCAGAGUCUUUGGUAUUGCUUCUCAUGGAGAUUUGGUGUAUGCAGUUAAUGGCAAAACAUCCCCCACUAUUCCCACCCAAGGGUUUACACUCGAUCCUUUGGCUGAGACUAUGCUGGACCAUUGGGGACCAACCUCCACGGCUUUCAACAACCCUCACGCAAUCGCUAUUUCUCAAGAUGGACAUUCUCUCUAUGUCGUCGAGAUUGGACCAAACCGAGUCUGGAAGUUUGAGCUUAAACCCAACUACGAGCCUAACAAUGAUAAAAAUACUUUCUAACCUUGUAGAAAUAUCAUGCCAUCAUAUUGUAUACAUAGUUAAAGUACCUGUAUCACUUAUGAUUAGGAAGACCUUAUAUAGAAUAUUUUGUGGUCUUAAAGAAAUAUUACUUUUAUUUUUUGUUAUUGAAAUAUAUAGCCUACAUUAUCGUA